CUUACGACUUGAUAUGAAAGUUCAUUUUCAAUUAAUGUUGGUGAUCUUGGUAACUUUCUGUCUACGUUCAUAAUCGUUUAUAAUGUUGGCAACAAAGACGUUGCCUGACUUGCUUGUAAAGAUGACGGCUAGUAAUUUUGAAUGGUUUCAAAUGGCUGUGUCAAAACUUUCGACCGAUGAUUUAAAUAGAACUCAACUUUUAUCAGAAUUUAAGUUAGCAGUUGGUGCAUUACCUACUGCUCAACAGAAAUUGAUUGUACGUAGUUUGCAGUUGGAGAAUAUAUUUGACUGCUUAAACUCUUCUGAAACGGAGCAGAUUGUUCUGACAUGCGAUGUGUUAUCUCUGCUGUUAUCAAUCAUGGAACCAAGUCUUGUAUUUAGACAGUAUGAGGAGGCAUUGCAUAGAGCACUGGGCCAUCCUGCCCCAUGUGUGAAACAGUUUGCCAUUAAAGAGCUACAGCGUGCUGUGACCUGUGAUGACUUCAUGGAGCGUCUGAGUUUGCAAGAGGCAAUGCUGCUGUCUGUAGUGACUUGCAUCUGUCAUGAGGACAUGUCUGUUGCCAGUAGUGCAAUGUCGCUCUUGAAGAGCCUUGGAGCCUCUCCAGUUGGACUCAACUUGUUGUACUCCAUAACAGUGGUUAAUGCCCUCAAGGGGGCCAUGGCACAGCGAGACGUCAUUCGCUUCCGAGUGUAUGAGGUUGUGACUGAUGUAGCUGUGCACUUGGAAGAUGGACUGCAGGCUGGGCAUGCCAGUGGGCUGCUUCCUGCCCUCCUAGCAGAGCUGAAUGGUGCUGACAUCCUGCUGCAAAUGAACACUCUGGAGCUGCUAACAAAGCUGGCCCUGCAUGAGCAUGGCCUUCGCUACCUGCAGCAACAUGGUGUUCUCUCUGCACUUGCCAGCAAGGUUGCAACCAUCAACAAGGAUCCUCUCGCAUCACUCUUAUUGCCAGGAUUGAUCAAGUUUUUUGGUAACGUGGCACAGUCAUGGCCAAAGGAGGUGUUUGCAGACUAUCCGAACAUGGUGACAACUUUGUUUGAAAUGUUUGAUAACCCUGAUCUCGUGCUGCUAGGAGUUGCGAUGGAGACAGUGGGCUAUAUUGGUACAUCUGUUGAAGGGAAGUACAUGCUGGAGAGCCAAGGGGACACAAUGCGGAACACAAUAAAGAAAUUGGCAGACAUGAUCACAAAUCUUCCUACAGAGUGGCGGGUGCGUGCACUCAACACUGUUGCCAACCUCCUGGAGCUGAAGGUUUGCAAUCAAGACACACAAUCCCUGGCACUUGUAAAAUCAUGGUUUGAGCAGUUGGCACCUGAUCCCAUGGAACUGGUGAUGUCAGUUUGUCGUCAGCCAUUCGUCGAGUUGCGGUUAGCAGGUCUGCAGGUCCUGCAGGUUUUGGCAGAGCAGCAGUGGGGCCAGGAGAUAAUGAACAAUACUUCAAGUCUGAUUGAGUUUCUGCUGGAUCGAGGAAUUGAGGCAAACAAGCUCUGCAAGGAUGCUAAGUAUGAAGUAGUGAAGACAAUAACAGAGUCACCAACAGCUGCCACUUCAUUUGGAAAUGUCACGUUACUGAGGUUCCGGGAAUUUGUGUGUGAAGGUCCAUUCUAUGUUCAGGCACAGUCUGAGGUGGCCAUAGAAGGUGCCUCAUGAGGUACAUUAGUGUGUGUAUGUGUGUGAUGGCAGGGAACUGUACACAACAUGUUGCAGGUAUGAUUCAUCUUAUAUCCCCGCACAAACUUGCCACUUCUCUGAUUGAGCAUUUAAAAUCAAGAUGUUAUUGCUUGCAUCAGUUUGUCCCUUGAUAAUCGUCUUCAACAUCUGGGUGCCACCACCAUAGCAGGGGGAUUUAAAUUGUCCAUACCUGCAUAUUAAAUGCUAAGGACUGUUUUCAUUAUGUUAGGAUUGCUGUGAGAGGUACAGCAGUAAGGAUAUUGCAAGAUGCCAAGAAGACAUGUAAGAUCUUAUAUUAAUACCAAUAUUAGAAACA